CUGACUGCGCGGCAGGUCAGGGCGCAUGCUUGGUAUUGGCUGUAGGCUCCUGACAGCGCUGCUUGGUAUUGGCUGUAGGCUACUGACAGCGCUACGCACUGUCUGGAUCUCAUCAGCAGCCUGAAGUUUGUAGCGGACUGAUGGUGCGAGACCUGCGCACUGCUUUUUAUCACCGCUUUGCUAUUCGCAUUUAUCCAUAGAGACCCUUAGACUUGAGCGUUUGCUGGGGGGAGUUUACGCACCUGCAACUUUGGACUGAUCUGGUCAAUUCGGGAUGGAAUCGAACGGUAAAGCAGAAAAACAUGGGUUAGAGAGAGAUGCGGACCUCCAGUUGUUGCUGGUGGGGGGAGAGCUGCUGAAGGUAAGGUCCUCCUCCUGGAAGAAGAACCGCUUCUACAAGCUGCAGGAGGACUGUACAACCAUGUGGCACGAGUCACACAGGACAUUCAAGCGCAACCAGACCUUCUCCAUUGAUGAGAUAGAAUCUGUGCGUAAGGGCCGUCAGUCGGAGGGUCUUCAGAAGCACACAGAGGCCCACGUUGAGGACCGCUGUUUCUCCAUUAUCUUUAAGGGCCGCAGGAGGAACCUGGACCUGAUAGCUACCUCGGCAGAGGAGGCUAGGCAGUGGGUCAAUGGUCUGGAGAAGAUCAUCUCUAACAUGAAGAAACUCAACAGCCAGCAGACGAGCGAGCACUGGAUCUUCAACUGUAUGAGGAAAGCAGACAAGAACAAGGACAACAAGAUGACCCUGAAGGAGCUGAAACACUUCCUCCACCAGAUCAACAUCGAGGUGGACGACAUGUACGCUGAAGUGCUGUUUGCAAAAUGUGACAAGUCUAACUCGGGCUCCCUGGAAGGUCCUGAGAUCAAACACUUCUAUGAUCUGCUGAUAUACCGUGAGGAGAUCGAUGUGAUCUAUGGGAAGUACGCCACUACGGGGGAGCAGAUGAGUGUCAAAGACCUGCUCAACUUCCUGCUGAACGAGCAGCGUGAGGUGGCCACAAUGGAGGACGCUGUAAGCCUCAUAGAGAGAUACGAGCUGGACGAUUCAGCAAAGCAGAAGAAUCACAUGACCAAAGAUGGCUUCCUGAUGUACCUGCACCAGGAGGAGGGGUCUAUCUUCAACCCCGCCCACAAGGAGGUGUUCCAGGAUAUGAGCCAGCCAAUCAACCACUACUUCAUCAGCUCCUCCCACAACACCUACCUGAUGGAAGACCAGCUCAAAGGCCACAGCAGCACAGAGGCCUAUAUCAAGGCCCUGAUGAAGAGUUGUCGCUGUGUGGAGUUAGACUGUUGGGACGGGGCCCAUGGAGAACCAAUCAUCUACCACGGCCACACCCUCACCUCCAAGGUCCUGUUUAAAGACGUCAUCAAGGCCAUCAAGGAGUAUGCCUUCAAGACAUCAGAGUACCCAGUGAUCCUGUCCCUGGAGAACCACUGUACACUGGAGCAGCAGAAACUGAUGGCCAAGCACAUGAUCUCCAUCCUGGGCAGCGCCCUGCUCACCUCCCCCCUGGAGGACCAGAUGCCCACUGCCUUCCCCUCACCCCAGGAGUUGAAGGGUCGGUUCAUCAUCAAGGGGAAACGUCUGAACAAGCUGGAUGCCGUCUUCAGCAAUACUAGUCCUGGAGUAGAGGAAGACUGUGUCUCAGAGGAGGACGAGGCUGCAGAGACCAGCAACUCCAAGACAGACACCAACGGACAGAAGGCCAAAGCCAAGAAGUCAAAGAUCAAGCUAGCCAAGCAGCUGUCUGACCUGGUGAUCUACUGUAAGAGUGUCCACUUCUCAGGGUUUGAGCACGCUAAAGACAAGCAGGCCUUCUAUGAGAUGUCCUCCUUUAAAGAGAGCAAGGCUGUUAACCUGGCUGAGACAGCAGGGAACGCCUUUAUCCACCACAACAUGACCAAGCUGAGCCGUAUCUACCCAGCUGGCUCCAGAACAGACUCCUCCAACUACAACCCUGUUUCCCUGUGGAACGCAGGCUGUCAGAUAGUGGCGCUGAACUUCCAGACUCCCUCUAAGGAGAUGGACCUGAACCAGGGCCGGUUCCGGUCCAACGGGGUGAGUGGAUACGUCCUGAAGCCUGGCUUUCAGAGAUACCCUGGGACAGAGUUUGACCCAAUGACCCUCACCAAGGGACCCUGGCUCAAACGCAAGACCUUCCACAUCAUGGUGAUCUCAGCCCAGCAGCUGCCCAAGUUAAACAAGGACAAGUGUAAAUCCAUUGUGGACCCGCUGGUGAAAGUGGAGAUCGAUGGUGUUCCAGCUGACACGUGCAGCAAGGAGACACGCUCCAUCGAGAACAAUGGUUUUAACCCCAUGUGGAAUGAGACAUUCCAGUUUGACAUCCAGGUACCAGAGCUAGCCCUGGUCCGCUUCCUGGUUGAAGACUAUGACUCCACCUCACAGAACGACUUAAUUGGACAGUACUGCCUGCCACUCACCAGUCUACAGAACGGUUACCGCCACGUCCCUCUUCUCACCAAACAUGGUGAUGUCAUCCCCUCAGCCGGCUUGUUUGUUCACCUCAUGCUGCUGGAUGCCAAAUAGACCCCGUCCACUUCACACGGACCCCACCAACAUCAAACUAACCCCUCCCACAUACUACUGACUCCUCCCACAUAACACAGACCCCUCCCACACCACUAAGGACUCCUCCGACAUUGUAAUGUCUCUUCUCACACCAAAAGGACUACUCCCACAUCAAACUAACUCCUCCCACAUCACACAGACCCCUGAAAACGUGUGUUUUUGCAUCUAUGCGGUAGGUGGGUCUGACAUGCUAAGUUGCUUUUUAAAAGAAUUGUAUGUGAAUGAUACAAGCAAGUAAAGGAUCCUAUUGAAAGUAGGUAGUAUGUCCCUAGUCCUAUAGAGAGUAGUUAGUAUGUUGCUGGCCCAAUAGAGGGUAGUUAUUAUGUUAGGGGUCCUAUAGAGGGUAGGUAGUAUGUUUCUGGUCCUAUAGAGAGUAGUUAGUAUGUUGCUGGUACUAUAGACAGUUAUUAGCAUGUUGCUGGUCCAAUAGAGAGUGGUUAGUAUGUGUAUGAUCCUAUACAGGGUAGUGAGAAUGUUAAUGGUACUAUAGAGAGUAGUUAGUAUGUUGCUGGUAAUAUAGAGAGUAGUUAGUAUGUUGCUGGUACUAUAGAGAGUACUUAGUAUGUUGCUGGUCCUAUAGAGAGUAGUUCGCACAUUGCUGGUCCUAUUGAGAGUAGUUAGCAUGUUGGUGGUCCUAUAGAGAGUAGUUAGUAUGUUGCUGGUCCUAUAGAGGGUAGUUAGCAUGUUUCUGGUCCUAUAGAGAGUAGUUAGCAUGUUGCUGGUCCUAUAGAGGGUAGUUAGCAUGUCGCUGGUCCUGUAGAGAGUAGUUAGUAUGUUGCUGGUCCUAUAGAGAGUAGAUAGUGUGUUGCUGGUCCUAUAGAGAGUAGUUAGCUUGUUGAUGGUCCUAUAGAGAAUAGUUAUUAUGUUGCUGGUCCUAUAGAGAGUAGUUAGCAUGUUGCUGGUCCUAUAGAGAGUAGUUAGCAUGUUGCUGGUCCUAUAGAGAGUAGUUAGUAUGUUGCUGGUCCUAUAGAGAGUAGUUAGCAUGUUGCUGGUCCUAAAGAGAGUAAUUAGUGUGUUGCUGGUCCUAUAGAGAGUAAUUAGCAUGUUGCUGGUCCUAUAGAGAGUAGUUAGCUUGUUGCUGGUCCUAUAGAGGGUAGUUAGCAUGUUGCUGGUCCUAUAGAGGGUUGUUAGCAUGUUGCUGGUCCUAUAGAGAGUAGUUAGUAUGUUGCUGGUCCUAUAGAGAGUAGUUAGCAUGUUGCUGGUCCUAUAGAGAGUACUUUGUAUGUUGCUGGUCCAAAAUAUAGUAAUUAGCAUGUUGCUGGUCCUACAGAGAGUAGUUAGUAUAUUGCUGGUCCUAUAGAGAGUAGUUAGCAUGUUGCUGGUCCUAUAGAGAGUAGUUAGUAUGUUGCUGGUCCGAUAGAGAGUAGUUAACAUGUUGCUGGUCCUAUAGAGGGAAGUUAGUAUCUUGCUGGUCCUAUAGAGGGUAAUUCGCAUGUUGCUGGUCCUAUAGAGGGUAGUUAGCAUGUUGCUGGUCCUAUAGAGGGUAGUUAACAUGGUGCUGGUCCUA